GAUGCCACAAUGCGGGCGGAUGGGGGUCCUGGCUAAAUGGGCCCGUCAAAGCGCACCGCCCUGAAGAGUGGCAACGUCAUCUCUAACAAGCCCCCUCUCGCCAUCGGAGGGCUCCUUUUGUGCGGGUGUUCGCCUGCAGCUCUAUAAAAGCCCCUCUCCUUGGCAGGCGAGCUGAGAUCCGGCACAUCAGCACGCCAAGCAGGCGGCGGAGGAGGACGGGACGGGACGGGACGGGACGGGACGGGACGGGACGGGCAGGGCAGGGCAGGGCAGGUGGGCGGGGGAGACUUUCUUCCUGGUCUCUCCUCCUCCACUGGCAGCGGCGCUGCAGCUCGGAGACUCUCCUGCCGCCCCCUCCCCAGCAGGGCAGCCCUCUCCGCCCCCUGCCUUCCCCCGGCAGACCCCACCAUGAAUUCUGACUCCAGCUCCGUCUCCAGCAGAGCGUCCUCGCCAGACAUGGAGGAGCUGUACCUGCGCGACCACCACCACCACCAUCACCACCACCACCACCACGCAGACAGCCGGCUCAACUCGGUGUCGUCCACGCAGAGCGAGGUGGGCGCCAAGGGCUCCGGCGGCGAGGGCCUGUCGCGCGGCGGGGGCAAGGGCGGCCCGGGGGAGAGCAGCAAGUACAAGAUCAAGAAGCAGCUGAACGAGCAGGACCUGCAGCAGCUGCGCCUGAAGAUCAACGGGCGGGAGCGCAAGCGCAUGCACGACCUCAACCUGGCCAUGGACGGCCUGCGCGAGGUGAUGCCCUACGCGCACGGGCCCUCGGUGCGCAAGCUCUCCAAGAUCGCCACCCUCCUGCUGGCGCGCAACUACAUCCUGAUGCUCACCAGCUCGCUGGAGGAGAUGAAGAGGCUGGUGGGCGACAUCUACGGCGGCCACCACUCGGCCUUCCACUGCGGGACUGUGGCUCACUCGGCCGCCCACCCGGGCCACCCCGGCGCCGCCGUCCACCCCAUCCUGGGCAGUGCCUUGGCCUCGGCCAACCCGUCCUCCGCCUCGCUCUCCGUGGCCUCCCUGCCCGGCCUCGGCGCCAUCCGGCCGCCCCACUCGCUGCUCAAAACCCCCCCGGCGGCUCCGACCCUCCAGCUCGGCGGCGGUGGCGGCGGCUUCCAGCACUGGGCCGGCUUGCCGUGCCCGUGCAGCAUCUGCCAGGUGCCCCCGCCGCCGCACCUGUCCGCCCUCAGCACCAGCGCCGGCCUGGCCAGGAUCGCCACAGAGGCCAAGGACCUGCUCAAGUGAUGCCCGCCGCCGAGACGCCACUCGCAGGGGCCCCGACAGCCCGCGCCGGCUAGCCGGUCGGGGCGCGCGCAGGAAGAGCCCCGAAGCCCUCGGGUGGGGGCGGGGGUCGCGUGCAUGCUUCUUGUCUUCUCCAGGCCAGAGUUCCCCUCCCCCCUCCCCGCCACCCCAUCUUGUCCAGUCUACAUUUGUUGUCAGGAAGGGAUCUAGUGUGUGUAGCAAAAAGGAACUGCCUGCCAAGGUAACUUUUUUUUUUUAGUUGGAUGCAAGUGGGGGGCGAUUUUUGGUGGCUCUCCCAUCACCACCACCACGGGACCAAAAUCCCCGAGGCUUCAAUAGGGGGAGAAAGGGGGAAAUGUAACUAUGUCUUUAAAGUUGAGGGGGGAGACAUGAUCCCCCCCCCCCUUUGUAUUUGUUCAAGCUGCAGAAGCGAUUGAGGGACACUUUGGGUUGAGCGCAAAUUCAUUUAGGCGUGUGAAAAAAAUUUUUUUUCUCGAGCCAGGCUUUGGAAGGAAGUUCGGUUAAUAUCGAUGGGCACGAUCCAGCCAAGCUUAGGAGCGCUUGAGACGGUACCCACGUUUACCCCUUGCUUGGCAGUAAGUCUCAUUGAAUGCAGUGGGGGUUACUUUCAAGUAAACGAUGUUUCGACUUUCUUUUGGGGCUUCUUGGGCUGAAUCGUGUGUGCCGAAGGAGACUUCCUUUCAAGUCACUGCUUUGGGGCCGAGGAAGCCGAGCAACCAAGAGCAGGAGCCAGCCACACUCCUCCUGUGAAAUUGGGGAAGGGAUGAAAGAGAGAGAGCAUGCGAAAGGAAAGAGCAGUCGAGCGGGUUCCAUCAGUCGGCUUCAGUUCAAAUUGUGAGUCGGGCUGAAACCGAAUUCGUUUCAAAGGACCUGCUCUGCAAGAAAAGCUGAAUUCUUUAAACCGGACGUAAACUCGAAAUGAGACUGCCUGCCGGCUGAGGGUCUCCGACUUUAUAAUACCGGCCGGGGGGGGGGGGGGGGCAGUUUUCCUUGUAACAAGGACGGAGGAGUUAGUUUGUCUCUCAGUUUUAGUUCAGUUUUUCUUGCAUCCGGAAGGAAACGUGGGUGUCCAAGCAGCCCACCCUCGGAAAUAUGGAGCAUUUCUGCUUGGCGGGACUCGCCGCGGCCUUCUUCGGGCCCGCCCUCCUCUUCCGCCUGGGACAGCUGCGGUCCUUUCUGUCCGCGCCGUCGGCUGCUGUCUGCAUGCAAGGUCCGGGCCAGAGUCCCUCGCCCUGCGCCGGAGCGUUCCUCCUCUUCCUCGUUCCGUUUUCGUUCCUCCUUCCGGGCACUGCCUUGAAACUAUUUUGUUAGGGCUUCACAGACAAUGACGUGUCUUUAUUUUUUAUAUAUUCUCAAGAACUAUCGAUAUAUUUAUUAUUAUUAACCAGUGUUUCUGGAUGAAAUUUCAAAUUAAAAACAUGAAAUAAAA